UGCCGAGCCUUUGUUUCCCAUGUAGACUUUCCUGCUCUCUGUUGCCCCUGAGGUUCCCGCUGCUUCCGGCUAAGUGAGUGAAGGCUCUGUAAUUCUGGCUUCGUGUUUGUUUUAGAGGUAGAAGGAGAGACCCCAGCUUGAAUUACAUGUUGUGUAAUAAGGCUGGGUUGGCUGUCGGCUGCUCUUGUUAGAUAUAUAUUUUUUCUUCUCCCUGGGUAGUCCUCUAGCAUAGUUUAAUAAUUAUUUCCACUGCCUUUUUAAAGAUGGAUUUUAUUCCCUAUGAUAGCUGUUAAUAAAUAUUGAUAGUACAGAAUGUGCACAUGUAUAUAUGUGCAUUGAUUAAAUUACUGGAAAUCUUACUUGGUAGGUGACAUAUUUUGUUUGUAUAGAUAGUCCAUUAAAAGCAUCUUUAAAAUAACAGUAAGGAUAUAUGAAAAAGUCAUAAGGAAUCAUACUAUUAACUAUCUACCUAAAAAUACCUAUAAUACAUGUAAGUCAGUGUAUAAAUAUACACAAAUAGUUUAAAUAAAACUUCCCAUCUGAGCUGACAACCAAGAAUCAUAGACUGUGUAACAAAAAGCCUAACACAGUCUGAGUUGGUCAGGGUUGUCCAUGAGACUCCCAAAACAGCAUAGGCUGUUGCCUUCGUUUUCCCCGCCCCGCCCCAGAAGUGGAAGGUAAGUCCCUGUUGCUGAAGACAUCAUGCACUUUGGGUGCAGGGUCCUGUAUAUUUGUGUGUGUGUGUGUGUGUGUGUGUGUGUGUGUGUGUGUGUGUAUGUGUGUGUGUGUGAUGUGUGUGUUACACAUAUGUAACAAUAAAAAGAUACCAUGAAUUUAGGCGAACAAAACAAAUGAAGUAAGGUUUUUCCCUCAAAAGUGACAAGAAAAAUGUAGGACAAGUGGGAAAACUCAGGUUUCGGGCCCACAGGUCUCAUGGCCUGUGCGGUUCUCACACUGCGGUUUCCUUCUGCAUUUAAACCACAGCUCGGGAUGCACCAGAGCACGGCUGCUCUGAAGCAAGGGCAGUAUUCUUCACUUCUCAACAUGAACACGUUAACAAAGUACAAGAAUAGUUUCUGGAUCCCUGCUGAAGUGACUCCGGCCUGAACAGGCACUGUCAUGCUGUAACCAAGGAAGGAACUUUGGGUUUAUGAUUUAUGUUCUUAGCACACACGUGUUAGACUGGCAUUGAAAUCCCACUUUCAGUAGGACUUUUUCAUCCAGAUGUUUUAUCACUGCUCCUUAAGCUGCAAAGAUAACAAAGACGAGAGGAUUUCCUGUUUUCUCUAUUUUUUUAAAUAACUAUUUCUUCAUUGAUUGGGAGCAUCUCAUCAUUCAUCCCAAUUCCACUCAUUUCCCAGACCACCCAUAUCUACCCUUCAACCUUACAGCAUCCCCCCCAAAAAAAAAGAAAAUUUAAAAAAUCAAAACAAAACAGCAACAACAACAAAAACCCUCUUCGCUCCUCUGUCUUUUCCACUUCUCCAACACUCCUUCAUUCACCUUAGUGACAUUGGGAGCCGCAGAGUGUCACACAGUAUAUAUACCCUUUUGUCAAAUCAGCUUUACAAAUGUUCAUUGCAAUGAGUCGUUGGUCUGGUUCAAGGCCUCUAGCUUCUGGUACACCAUCAUCACUGGAUCCUCACUGAAACUCCUCUCAGAUAUCCUGUGGCCAUCCCGAGUCAUGGAGAUCCUGCUGGUAUCGGUUCACAGGAGCAGUCCCUUCAUGGGCUCCAGCAGGUCAUAGAUGGAGUAGAUGUUGGUGAGUGCCAGCACAAGGCCCUGGAUGUAGGCCUGUGUGGUAGUUGAGUGGGUCAGACCAGACCACUGGGCUCCCACCCUUAGGCGAGGAGCAGAGCCAGCUCUCCCAUGCCUGUAUCAUCAGGGCCAGUUUUUCCAUGCCUGUGGUAAGGGUUGGGACUAUGCUCAGGACAUUGGGGCCAUCUUUCCCAUGGGUGUCCAGGCCAACUUUCUUGCUGCAGUGUCCAGUGCAGGCUAGGGCCAGCAAAGGGUGGGCCAGCUCACCAUGGCCCUCAGAUUUCAUCACAUGAUUUCUAUGGCCCCCUGUGGUAACAUGGGUCACAGACAUCAACACAGACCCCAGCUGCAGCAGGACCAUGGACCCAGGCAUGGCCCUUGGCAGCAGCUUGAGCCCAGACAUCACUAUGGACCCUGUGGCAGCUCAGGUCACCCAGCUCACUAUGGCCCCAGCAGAAGCAUGGCUCUCAGACACCAACAUGGUCUCAGGUGACUGUCCAAACCCCAGGCAUCUGCUCAGCCCUCACUAGUACCAGGAGCCAUGGCCAUCAACUCAGACCCUGGUUGCUGUAGGAUGAUGGACUCAGAGAUAGCCCUAGGCUGCAGCUCAGGCCUGGACAUCACCAUGGCCCCGGGUGGCAUCACAGGCUACCCAGAUCAAUGUGGCCUCAGCAGCAGCAGCAUGACCCUCCAACACCAACAUGGUCUCAGAUGGCUAACCAGACCCCAGACAUCCACGUGGCCCUCGGUGGCAACAGGAGCCAUGGCCAUCAACUCAGACCCUGGCUGCUGUAGGGUUGCAGGAAGGGAAGUAUUAGUGCCUGCCUCUUGUGAAUUGAUUAAAGGAUGACAGAAUAUAGGCCUUUUGUUCAUACAGAGUGCAUUAGGAAUGCAGUAGCAACUUCGACAAACACAGAACCUACUAGAAAUCACAAGUAAUGUAUGAGAUGGAUUGUAAGAAACAAAUUAGGGGCUUAAAAGAGAAGCCCAGGAGAACAGUGUUAGAGAAUGUGAAGAUGAUGUGUUGUGGGAAAUCUGUGGUGUAGUAAGUAUGUCAGAGGAGAAAGACUUGUGAGCACUACUGUGGGUACAGCAUUCAAUAUUCACUCCAAGUUAAAGCUAUCAACAGACUAAGAAUACAGGAAGCACUAGCAAGAUGGCUCAGCCUGAACCUCAGUCCGGUGCCUGGGACCCAGCUAAAGGAAGCGGAGAACUGAUUCGUGCAGACUGUCUUAGGACUUCCACAUGCACACUGUGGUACACAUAGACACACAACGUAAAAAUGUAAGGUUUUAAAAAUACAGAAAGCUCCCUUAGCAAAACAAGGGAUACUGUAGUAGAUACAGUGAGUGGCACACGGCAUCUGCAUCUCCUGGUACCUCAGUCUUCAGACUUUCUUGAUCCCAAGCCACAAUUAAAAACUGUUAUGGGGCCACAGGAUGGCUCAGUGCAUAAAGGCACUUGCAGUGCAAGCCUGGGGCCUUCCUUUGGCCCCCAAAAUUCACAUAAAAGUGGAAGGAAAGAACUGACUCCAAAAAGUUGUCUUCUGAUUGCCACACAUACAAUGUGGUACACACACACACACAUACACACACACACACCACAUGCACAAUUAAAAAAAUACAUAUAUGUUCGUGUGUGCAAUGUGCACACAUUUGUGUUUCUGUCUGUGGAGGAGACCAGAGGUUGAUGUUGAGAAUUGCCCUCUAUCAUUCUCCACAUAACUCUUGGAGACAGAGUCACUGAAUUUGGAGCUCACCAUUCUGGUUAGACUGGCUGGCCGGUGAGGCUACGGGGUCCACUCCUGAGCACCACAGCUACAGAUGAAUGCGGCUGCACUCAGCUUUUACAUGGAUGCUUGGGAUCCUAAUUCAGGUCCUCAUAUUUGCAUAACGGGCACUUUACACACUGAGCUAUCUCCCCAGCCCAAGAGACGCUUUUAUAUAUUCUCUCCUCUCUCCUUAAAGAUCUACAAAUGCAUGUAAAAUAGAAAAUAAAUGUGUGGAUAGCUUUUAUAAAAGAUGAUUCAUUAACAGUUUUGUUUCAUUUUUUGUCAUUUGUGACACAAGUCAAUUUCAUGAUCUAUUAAGAAGUUAUAACCCUGUUUGAAAUCCACUCUUCUUGCACUGCAGAGGCAUUAAGGCUAAAAAUGUACACUGCCUGGACUCCCUUGCAGCUAUGCUUCCCAGUGCAGUUUGUCUUCGGCCAAUCAAACACAGAACUUAAAACAUGGAAGUGAGGUCGAGAUCUGCCUUUUAUGUCUGGGCUUCAUAGUGGUGGCACCAUUUGAUUUCUUUCAGACAGUGUUACCAGAGAGGUUGAUAGUCAGAGGCUAUGAUAAUUAAAUUCAUUUUUAUGUAGACCUGAAAUAAUGUCAGAACUCACAUGGGAAAGUAGAGAUUAAAAAACAAAAAUAAAGACAAUCCUUAAAAUAAACAAAAAAACAGUAAAUAAUCAGACUUCCCAGAUAUCAAAUAUGAGUGGUAAUCUUGAUCAAAAAAGAAAAAAGACAAGUCGCAUAAAAAAAAAUUCCAGAAAAAUUAGCCAAAUACUGAAAUCAAAGAAAAAGGAAUUUACUGACAUCGUGAGAGAAGCAUAAAUUGUUCAACUGUAUUUUUUAGCAAGUCAGCUUGAAAAUGUGUUCUGUAAUUAUGGAACACUUUUUUUCCUUCAGCUUCUUAACAUAACUCAUUGUGAGAAACAUAAUUUUGCACAGUGACAAACAGCAUGCUUGAACACACAUGCAAGCAUGAUUUUAUAAACAUAACUACACUGUUCUGUACUUUCUGUUUCACCUUAGAGAGCAAAGGACACCGGUGACGAUUCUGAGAUGACUUACAACACAUGAAGUCAGAGCACGCAGCUGGAGGAGGCAAGACCUGCUGUCUUACCUGCCUUGGUUCUUGCCUAGUGUACACAUGUGCGAGGAGAUGUGUGCAAAGAAGUCCCACUGUGCCAUUACCAGUUGUUAGGCCAUCACUGCACUGUGAAGGUGUUCUUUGGAGGAAUUUUGGGUCUAAUCAUCAAUGUUGAAAUGUUCAUGUCUCUUAAAGAGGAACAGCACAUCGGAAGUUCAGAUGGCAGACGGAUUCUCUCAAGCUGGAAAGGAAAAGUGCAGUGAGCCGGCGCGAAGAGGCCGAGUCUCUGGUCCAUGCUCACAAUUCCAGAGAAGUUUCAUCCAGAGAGUAACGUUGCUGGGAAAGCUGCCUACCGGUUUUGUCCUCCAUCGUGAAACGAAGCAGAAGGUUGCUGCUAUCCUGGGGACAGACCAAGAAGCCAUGAAGUCUCUUCCAGAGGGAGACUUACAAAAUUACCUGCUGAGUAAGGUGGACCUGAGGCGCCAGCAGAUUUCUCAGAGUGUGGAGGAGGUGCAGAAAGUUAUCCACUGUCUGACGGCGGAGAUCAGCCACCAGGACAGUCGAUUCCAAGCAGUGCCUGCCUCUGACACGUACAAUGACAGCGUUAAGGUUUUGGCUCCCAGACUGUUCCAUGUCACGGUCCCUCUGAAAGGCCUCGCGGGAUACAAGGGGGCCCGCACACAGCGCUGGCGGUACUACACCCUGCAGGGCACCAAGCUCACCUGCCCUUUGCGGGACCCCGAGGGCCUGCAGCAGUGGCUGGAGACUGAGCAGUUCGUGAAGACCCUGUGGCAGUGGCACCAGGCGGACGUGAACAUAGAGGGGGACAUCGUGCCUGCCAAAGUCCUCCAGGUGUUCCGGGCGCUGGUGGAAAACGCAGUGAGAACCUGUCACCUCUCGGGCAAGGUCAGUGUGCUAGCAAACCGAGCUGCUGUUUGGGUUGCCAUGGAAACGUCCACAGGCCAGGUGGAGCUCGAGCUGGCCCCUACUGUGGAGAUCCCCACCGCCUGGUCCGAGAAAGCCCAGUGGCCUAGGUGUCUGAAGCGGUGGCCUUCCCCAGAGAGAGUGGAGUGCAUCAAGUCAUUUGGGUUCAACUUGGUGGCCCGGUCCAGUUAUCACUGGCAGCUGAGUUUCCCCCAGGCAGAACGGGUGCUGUUUGAGCAGCUGGAUGAGGAUGGGGGCUGCCGCAGGCGAUGCUUUCAGGUCCUGAGGCAGCUGAAGGAGGAUGUGUGGUGUCCCGGGCAGAGGCCAGUCAUCACCACCCACCACCUGCAGACAGUGCUCUUCUGGACAUGUGAGAAGUACCCACACCUCAAGGACUGGCAGGUCUUCCAUCAAGCGCUCCUCCGCCUGGUCCGGAAGCUGCACAGAUGUGUGAGCCAGCACUUUCUGAAACACUAUUUUGUCCCGAAGAGCAACCUCCUGCAGUCAGCCAGCCCAAGUGAGCUGGAUGCUGUGGCCCAGAAAGUGGCCUUCUUCCUCAAGAAUCCGCAGGUCACUCUGCCCUGAGGUGGCCCAGGGAGUCCUUGCUCCAUUCCUUUCUGCUGACCUUGUCGCCAGGGUGGUUCCUCUGCCAGUGGCUGGGACCCAAUGCUAAGAGAAGGACCACCAAUGACAGAGAAUAAAGCAGGCCAGCAGCUCACUCAUCAGAGGCAAAUGCUCCUGCCCCAGGUCACGCAAGCAUUUCACCUUCCCUACCUCUCUCGGGGACAGCUCUCGUCCAGCUUCCCCAAGUGACCGAUUGUCCUUGCUCAGGUUCUUAUUGUCUGACAAGGGCAAUGGAGAUGGGCUCAGGGCGGGCCAGGGAUUAGCCUGCUGCUGGAGAAUGCUCAGACUGGCUGGACCAGGACCCACACACUGACGGACAGCCCACCCGGUGGCUGGUGUCCCUUCAUGACUCUGGCCUCCACCUCCAAGCAGUGGCCAGCAGUCCAGGCUCUGGAGCUGUUCUGAUGUUCCUCUGUCAACUGUGCGGAGUCAUUGUAAGAGUUAGUGCAGAUCCAAGAGAAGGGUGCAGCUGGGACUCCACCUGUCACCUGACUCUAGUCACAGCCCUCUCCGCCACGAUCAAGGCUAGAACUUGCUUCCACUUCGGGAAUAAGCUCCAUGCUUGACCUUGCAUGGACCACCUUCAUGUCAUUCAUGUCUGGAUGUCUUCCUUAGCUCAGUCAAUUCACUCACUUGUGGACACGCAGAUACUCGCCAGGUACUAAGGACACAGCAAAGAACAAGACAGACUCCCUGGAGAAGACAGGAAGUGAAGAGCAGAUGGCUGAACUCAGUCACUGCACAUAGAAGGAAGUCUGCUAGAACAAGGUCACAGAGAGAUCACGAGGGAGAAUGUGUGGACAGCUAAAAGGGGCCGUCAUGGUGACCUCAGCAGGCUGGGGUGGGUAGACAUGGGUCCCUGGCUGUGUAAAGCUGGGGAAAUUGGUAUUAUUGUGUUCUGGGGUCGAAGGUACAGUGUUUACCUCCAACAGCACACUUCAGACGACGGCUCGGUGACAGCAUCGGGAAGGACUCUGCGGCCCCUGCACCUCUCCAUUCACACAUCUGCGCACUGUCUGGGAUUCCAGGUGCUCUCAGAGAGAAUGGCUUCUUCGGGUGUUUUCUUAACACUUCUCAGCUCUAGGGGAUCCUUUAUGGCCUUUGAACAUUCUCCAGUAACAAAUAUGCUUAACAAAGCAGUAUUUCUAAAAGCACAACCCACUGAUUUGGGGGGGCUUUGAAGGAACCUGUGUGCCAAGGACUGAACCCGAGCGAGGCCUUUGGCAUGCUGAGCAUGUGCCUUGCCAACGAGCUAGGUUGACUUUAUUUCGAGGCUGGAUCUCACUAAGUUGCCCAGACUGGCUCUAUUUUUUUAUUAGUUUUUUUAUUAGAAUAUAUGAAUUAUACAUAA